AUGGCAAAAGAGUUCCAGUUCAAUUGGAGGCCGACCAUACCGCCAAGUUUAUUACAAGGCGCCACAUUCGAUCGAUAUGAUGAUGAAAGCACGUGUCUUGAUUUGAAUGCCAACGUUAGAAUUGAUGAAUACGGUUUCUUUCUUUAUUGGCUCGUCGAGGGUAAAGAUGCGACAGUUAUUGACAUGGGACAAAUAUGGGAAGCGCGGCCUGCCGGGAUGCCAAAAGAUGGGCGGAUAUUAUUCGAGCUGGAGCAACGCGGUGCUCGAGAGACAAUAGAGGAACGAACGAUUUGGAUAACGCAUGGGCAAGAUCUCGUCAAUAUUCAAUCGUUUUACCUUGUUGCCGAUUCUGUUGAUGUUGCGAAGACGUGGCGAAAUGGGAUCAACGAGAUUCUCAAGAACUCGCGAAUUCGACACGUGUGCCCUACAACUCACCUCCUGAGAUACUGGAAAUGGCUUACGCUAAGUGUGAACGAACGACGAAAAAUUCCCAUAAAACUCAUCAUCAAAACAUUUUCAUCGGGGAAGCCGGAGAAAAUGGUUCAAAAGUGCCUAAAUGAUUUAGGUCUCGGUGGCGAUAAGUACACACCGGCUCGCGCGAUGAACAUCUCGAUGGGCAAGAAGAUUCGAAACUUCUACAAAUGUAGCCGAAAUCGGAGGCGAAAGGAACGAGAAGAACUUGAUGUAGAUGCACUCACAUUUGACAAGUUCCUCAAAUUGUACAACAAGAUCUGUCCGAGAACUGAAGUCACUGAGCUUUUCGUCAAAUUAAGCGGUCAAAAAGAGUAUCUAACGAAAGAUCGGUUGAUAAACUUCCUGAACGAAGAGCAGCGAGACCCUCGACUUAACGAGAUCCUGUUUCCAUUCUUCGAUUCGAAUCGCGUUCAACAGCUUAUUGCCAAAUAUGAGACCGACAACAACUACAUCGAAAACGGCAAAAUGUCGGGUGAAUCAUUUCUACGGUUUUUGAUGUCCGACGAGAAUCCGCCGGUUUUCCUUGAUCGAAUCGAACUCUACCAGGAUAUGGAUCAACCUCUAUGUCAUUAUUAUAUUAAUAGCUCACACAACACUUAUUUAACGGGUCGACAAUACGGUGGAAAAUCUUCAUCAGAAAUUUAUCGACAGGUACUUCUAAGCGGUUGUCGUUGCAUUGAAUUAGAUUGCUGGGAUGGAACCGGCGACAAUAAAGGCGAACCGAUUAUUACUCAUGGAAAAGCAAUGUGCACUGAUGUGUUUUUUAAGGAUGUCCUUUUGCAAAUUCGAGAUACUGCGUUUGCACGAUCUGAUUUCCCAGUGAUUCUCUCGUUUGAGAAUCAUUGCAGUAAAUCGAAUCAGCACAAAAUGGCCAAGUAUUGUAUGGAAAUUUUCGGUGAAAUGCUUUUAUCGAAGCCGUUUGACGACUAUGCGCUUGAGCCAGGUGUUCCACUCCCAUCUCCGAAUCGACUUCGUCGAAAAAUUCUAAUAAAGAAUAAACGAUUAAAAGCGGACAUUGAACGCCAUCAACUAGAACAAUUCCUUCGUGAAGGAAAACUCGACGAAGAGGAUGAAGUGAACGAAACACCUGAGCUUGUCGGAGAAGAACUCGCAUCGCCACGCACCGAAGGCACCUCGUCGACGCCGGCUGACGACGACGACGAUGACGACGAUACGUCGGACGAUGACGAUCCAUCGGUGGAGACUUCGAUGAACGUAAACCAACACGAUGUACUUGCCGUACCGUUGCCAGUUUCUGAGAGAUCGUCGCGUGUGGCUGCGAAGCUCACCACGUCUUCACCGACAUCGUCGUCGUCGUCGUCGCUUCGUUCGCCCAACAUGGUCUAUUAG